AGAAAAUCGAAACAAUGUGUUAUGGUUGCCGCAGACUCGGCUUCGCGGAACCCUCGCCCCCGCCUGACCCAGUGCACGACCGGGAGGACGAGGAGCCGCUGCCGCAGCCAAUAGACUUUGACAGGCCGGCGCCUCGAAAGAAGCUCCAACCGAACCCCAAGACCAUCGUCCACUCCGCGCCUAGCCAUGAUGGCAUUCCGGCCUUCGUGGCAUACUCAGUCCCCGCAGACACUCCGGAGGAUGCCGACCUGACGCCCUUGCGCCCACCGUACGCCUACGUCUUUUACGACACUUCCCCUGGCGCGCUUAUUCCGGGACGCGCCGAGGACCUGGCCCGCUCCAUAUUCGACGGCACCGAGGACGACCGCAGCUCUUGCGGGCUGCCGGACAGAGUCGAGGUCUUUGCUAUGCCUCUUCCACCUCUGCCCGAGACUGGGAGCCCGUAUUCUGCCGAGGACGUGGGGCUUGACCUCGUCCUUUCACGAGAGAGUCCCUGGUAUGCACGUCUCGCCGCACGCGUGUCGCGAGACCCCCAGGACGCACACUGCCUCCAGCACGCCGCCGCUUGCAUAAAUCAUCAUGAGCGGGAAGUCCAGAAUCGCCUGGCCAUUGCGGACAGGGCGGAGGCGGUUUCGUGGUACCUCCCAGAAGGUUUGAGCGACGCCGAGUUCACCCGUCACAUUGUGGUUGUCGAUAGGCUUGAGGAUAAACCCAAGAACCCGCCCGGGCCCACCCGUUGGCAGGAGACGCUCGCCUGGACACACUCUCUUCCAAGCGAGCAAAGAAACCCGGAUAAAAACAGGGCAGAGAGGGCUGAAAGCAGCCCGUACGGAAGAGGGUUGCUGGUCGACUGGCGGCCCCGCCAUCAGAACGAGGAUGACGAGGACAAUGAAGCACAUCGCGUUUGAAAUGCUGGGGAAGUCAGUGUUGAUUUCCUCCCGAUACGGAGUUAGAACCCUCUAUGAGCAUUUCCUUCCCGACGGCGUAUUCGAUUUUGAAAGAGAGAAGGCUCGUGAACGAGGAGCAGACGAUAGGGUGGACUUGCCGAUGUAGAAUAGACCCUUUCCUCGCCUUUAUUAGUCGGGCAGAGUCGCCAGCCUACACCUCUCUGAUGUUGUAAGAGGUGGCCACGCUUCUUCACACUAGACUAGUCGGGAAGAUUAUGGAAUUUUGAGGAAAGAGACAUGCUUUGGGUGGUUACUGAACCUAGUUCUGCAGGCACCUCACGUGCCGAAGAAGUUGACCCUCGAUUAGUCGAAAGCGCGUCAAAUGAAGACUUCAUACUCAUGAUUGUAUACAUAUUUGCCUA